AUGAACGAAUUCUGCAAAUGUCGACCUUCGACUCUCCAUGGAGACGUUAACCCCGUCGUAACCAAAACCUGGCUGAAUGAGGUCAAGAUGAUCCUCAGAACCCUCGAAAUUACCCAGGAUGGAGACCGUGUGGCCCUCGCCACCUACCAGCUGAAGGGUGAAGCCCGCUAUUGGUGGGAUCUGAUGGAGGCAACACAUGACAUUGCCGUCAUGACGUUUGCUGAGUUCGAGACCCUGUUUCUCGACAAAUACUUUCCCACACCUCUUUGCCUAGCCAAGGAACAAGAGUUCCUGCACCUGAAACGAGGAACUUUGACCGUCACCCAGUACGCAGCCAAAUUCGAAGAACUAUCCCUCUACACCCUAACCUCCAUACCAACUGAAGACAAGAAAGCCAGAAGGUUCGAGUGGGGGCUGAUGACUACUCGAAAGGCUGUGGUAGCUCAAGCCAUCGCCACCUAUGCUGAAGUGGUGAAGUGUGCACUCCGGCUAGAGAGCGAGGAAUUGGACUUCAAAACCCGAUGGAAGAAAGCUACUGACGACACUGGUGGACCAAUCCGAACCCAACCACCCAACGACAAUCGUGACCCUACCCCACCAAAUCCUCUAACCCAUCUCUAA